GACUCCUUGGAGUCGAGUUCUUCAAAGCACCAAGAGGGUGUUGGACGAGAAGGUUGCUUUGGAAAAACUUGAUGGUUGCGCAGCCGCCUUGAAGAAGGUCAUCUCCUCUGUGAAAUCCUGGUCUGAUGAGAAGAUUGACCCAAAGAUCACUGAGCAAAUCUGCCAGGACGCCAAAGCUAGCAAGCAGUGCCUCGAUGUGGUGACUGUUUGCAAGGGGUCGUCAGAUGAAGACUCAGUGGCCAAGGCCACUUCUCUUGAGGAGGAAGUCAAAGAGCUGCGUCAAUUGAUCGAUUCCGAGUUCCACAGCAGCCUAGAGCUUUCAGACUUUUUGGAUGGUCAAUGGCAGAAGCAGCAAUGUGCAUUGACUACAAGUGGUUUCAGCGAGCUUGAUCCUCUCCCAAUGCUUCAGCGAGUAUGUGCAGUUCGUGGCCUGCUUCUACACGAGGAGGAGGUUGCGAAUUCAAUCCUCAUGGAGUUGGGCAGCACGCUCUACAAGUUCAGCCAGGAUCUCCCAGAAGAAUCUGCUUUGGUUCUCUCCGAAGACAUUAUCAAAAGGUGUCUUGCGGUCCAUGGAGCAUUGGACUCACUCUUGGGCAAGUCGAAAUCCACAGAGAAGUUGCCAGAUUGGGUUCAACACUUUGAGAGUGCACUUGCCCGCUUUUCAUCAGCUUUGUGCUCUGCGACAACCGUGUGGGUGAAGAACAAGACACAGCAGGGCGAGAAGGCAGAUGUCCUGAAGCUUUUUCAGGAAUGCCCGCCGCCCAGGACUUUGGUCAGUCUGUGCAACAUUGCGGCAAUCUUGGAUCAAAUGAAGUUCUUGGAAGAUCUGAAGGUGCCGGAGCCCACAGAUCUCUUCGAGGAGCUUUCCAUCCGAAUGAAGACCUUCGUCAAGGUCGAGUCACUGGAUUACCCCACGCUGGCGGAUUUGUUUCCUGACUUGUCUCCAACGGUGGCAAGCUACACGAAGUCUGUGCAGACGAACGUCCUAGAUGAGGUGGGCAAACUCCGCAAGUGCAUCCAGAAGAAUGCUGAACGGAUUGUCAAGUACAGGAAGAUCCUGCCUGCUGUGGAGAUUUGGCAAUUGGACGGGGUGAAGGACCUUUGCGUUGAGAGCCCUGAGGUAGAGAACGACAUGAAGGGCCUAACCCGCUUUGUGGAGAAUUGCAAUGGCUUCGAUGGAUGGUGUCGCUCAUCUUUGGCGCUCAUGAAGGGGUCUACCUGGAAAUCUCAUGAUGUAUUCCAGGCGUUUACCGCCAUCAAGAAGGAAAUGGAGGCCUCCCGGAAAGAUGCCUCAAAGAUCGUGGCGUGCACUUCGUUUGUGGUCAUUUUGGAGAACCCGAAACUCCAGAAGGAGAGUUUGGACGUGAAGCUUUCCCAUGUUCGGAAGAUCAGCUUGUUUGUCAGUCAGAAGUUUGGCCUUAGCCUCACAGACUUGCCACCGGCACUCAAGACAAGGGUGGAUGCCUUUGGACGCGAUCCGGCCGAAGUGCCAGCGACCAAGGGCAAGGGAGCCAAGAG